AUGAAUGACGUUAAUUUAACUGAAAAGGGUAAGAAUAUUUGGUCACGAAUCAGUUUAGAUGAAUUAGUCAGUGCAAUUGCUUCUCUUGAGAACUAUACGGAUCAACUGAAAGAUGAAAGCUGGCGAUUAAACGCUAAAAAUAAAUCAUCGAGUUCUCUUUGGGGUAAAGUCAUUGAUAAGUUGCAGCUAGAUCAUAGUGAAACAACCCGCCAGGCUCUAUAUAAAAUUUGGCGGUCUGAAAGUCAUGAUAUUCGGAAGUUAGUUGAAAGAAAGAAAAUAGCAAUCAAUAGUGAUGAUGACAAUGGUGCCUCUGCCGGAGAUCCUAAGAAUUUAGAGAAAAAAAACGUAAUACUGCACUCUGAUCCAUCACUGCCGUUGCCUUCUGCACCUAAUACACGACUAAAAAUAAAAGAGAACGGAGAUCAUCAAAUUGGUGAAUUUUCUAUCAUAAGGGAAGCAUCUCUCGUUUUCACUCCUAGUGAAUGGAAGGAUUCAUAUAGUAUGACACAUCAGAAAGUGAAGCCAGGUUGGACCGAUAUGUUUUAUAGAAAAUUGAUUUCGUGUGGAGUCAAAUGUUCACUGAGAUUUAAAACACCAUAUAUAAAAAAAGGAACACGGAAGCGCGCAUGCAAUUUUUUUUGCUCUUAUGCUGUGUGCACCAUUGGUGAGUGUUCCAGACAAUAUCAGGUGAGUCUUAAAAAUCACCCCGAUGAAAAUUCAUCGGCAUUAUUUCUUGUACGAAUGUUUGGUGAAGAAAAUCAUGACGCCAGUAUUGCAACAUCAGCGCGUCAACUACGUGGUGAAAGUCGUUUUCUAGUUGGUAAGCGAGCAAACGAAAUUGGCCCUUUAGGAGUAUUUCGUGAACACAUUAAUAGUGCUGAUAGAGAAUUACUCGCUGCGGGUAAUUACACAGAUUGUCAAACAAUCGAAACAUUAAAGAAAGCGGCAUCUGAUUAUCGUCAAAAGAUGCAUAUAGAUGAAGAAGUUUUUAGAGAAUGUCGAAUUAUUGGUCGCGCCUAUCGUAAAGCUGAUACAACAUCUGAAUAUAUUCAAGGAUAUAUUCAGCUUAUUGCUGAAAUGCCAUUUCGUGCACAUUUAUUUUCAGAAUUACAAGUUAAACGUUAUGUUAAUUACUGUAAACAUGAGAAAUACUCAUAUGUUAACAUAGAUGCAACAGGUGGUAUAUUGAAAAAAAUGCAUGAACAGAAACGUUCAUUACUUUAUGCACUUUUAUUUAAAGAUGGUGUUGAUGCAUAUGACACUGUUUCUCUUGCACAUAGUAUUCUAACAGAUCAUACUGUUCCUAGCAUAAGUUACUUUUUAGGAAACUUGGCACAUAAUAUUAGUGAAGUUGAAGGAAAACUUGUUUUGCCUUCUUUUUUUAUAACUGAUUUUUCAGCUGCUAUUAUGAAUGCCAUCCUUCAAGCGUUUAAUGGCGAAAAUAUCAAUGCUCAUCUAAAUCGUUGCUGGAAUGUAUUGCAUGGUAAAUACAGUGCACAACAAAUGCGAUCAUUAUCUUUUAUUCGUUUAUGCUGCUGUCAUGUUAUACAUGCUAUCGCAAGAAGUUUAAGUGCUGCACGCAUUGAUAAAACAAUACGACGAGCUGUAUUACAUAUAUUCGCUUUUAUCUUAUGUAGCGAUGAUAUCAACCAAUUAUAUGAUAGUCUUGGAUUGAUAAUUAAUAUAUUCGGCAAUCCAAAAGAACAGAAUGCAAAAGAAAAACUUGAACGAAUGGCUGCACUUCAAUUAAAUACCGACGAAGAAAGUAUAUCGCUGUUGUCGAAUGAUAAGAAGAUAUUUAAGAAGGCUAAAAAGAAGAACGAUGAAUUAAGACUAGUAGACGAAUAUUUUCGUUCAAACAGUCCUAUCAUUCAUCAAUCACCAUUUAAUAAGGAGGCGAUUCGGCGUUAUCCGAAUCUAUCUGAUCUUAUCAAGAGUAAGUCUAAGUAUAGUAAAGCUGACAAUCCACUAUUUUCUCCAUCGAUAAUUCGUAUUUUUUAUCGAUGGUGGGCAUAUUUGCCGUUAUGGACAGGUUUGUUAUGUAAUUUUGAAGAGCGCUACGCAAAUGACAAAAAAAAAGAAUUAUCUGUAACUCAUCACCCUGUUCGUUAUUCGAAUGCAGCGAUUGAAAGCUAUUUUCGAACAUUUAAACAAAGUAUCUGCAAAGGUAAAAAAGGUAAUAGACCAUCAGAUAUUAUAAUGGAAUUACAGCGAAGUGUUAAAGCACAAGCUAAAGCAAAUGAAUUCGGUAUAACACAAAGUUCAAAGGGAAGAAGAAGAAAAAAAGUGAACGUCAAUAUAGAAGAGAACUGGGGAAAGAGAACUGGUGAUAAGAAAACUCGCACUCCUUACUUCAAAGAGAUUGAUAAGCGUGCAGCUAAACGUGCUCGAUCGAAAGUAAAUCAAGAUCAAUCUGAUAAUGUUACCAAAAAACUUAGUGAAUCGGACGAUAGCUCAACUAUAUCUUCAUUAGAUCCGUCAUCAUCAUCUUCCGAAGAAUCAGAAAAACAAUUUUCAUCAAAUGAGUCUACGCGAUCUAGUCGAAGCUGUUCUGCAUCAUCCACUUCCAGGACAAAUUUGAAAGUAAGUACGAAAAAUUCUAAUCCUAUUCUAAAUGAUUCAGGUAAACCAACGGCUGAUGAUGAUGAACAAAGUGAUGUUUCAAUUGAGCCAGAUUCAGAUACAUAUUUAUUCUCUUCUAUUACAAACACUAUGUAUCCUAUUACAAACGAGUCAAAAACCACAGUUGAUCAAUUAAAACCCACACCACCGACUCAAUUUUCAUCACAACCAGAAGCAAUAAUCGAUGGUCUUACAAUACGAUGGCCCAAAUUUGGGCUAAACAAUGUUAUUUUUGAAGGUCAAUCAUAUUCCCUCACACUCACAUGUCCAAUAGAUUCAGCAUUGUUUGUUUUAUAUUUUCUUUAUAAAACUGAUGUAAGUCUUGCUGGAGAACUUGAUGAUGCACCGCAAUCAUCGCCGUAUUCGAAACUGGUUGAAACAUUCAAAAUAGUCGAGAAAGAAGGCUGGGACACUGCACGAAUCUACUGGCUAUUAACAUUUAAUAUUCUGAAAAGAUCUGAUCGACGACUGAAAAGCUUGUUUGGAUCAGUCGACGAGCAAGUUUUUUGUUUUCUCAAAAAUGAACAACGUCAUUCAAACAAAAUUAUAUGUACAAGACCUGACUGUAAAGAGAAAGAACGUUUUUAUUCAACAACUGAAUUAUCAAUACGUGCUUGUGACAAACAAGUUGUAAAAUUUGAAGAAGAAGUAACGGGUGUAUGUCAAACAACGAUGAAGCGGUUAGAUGAAAUAACAAAAGCUGAAGCACUUGAGAACAAAUACAAAGAUGCUCGAGUGCCUAUAAUCAAUUAUGAAACAAAUACAAGUGAAUACUUAGACGUUUGGGUAUGUGAUAAUGCGAAUGUUCAUGAAGCAGCUGCAUUUGAUUAUGGUUAUCCUCCAAUGCUUAUAGCAAAUAUCGAACGAGUAGCUAGAAGAAAUGAAGAAGGUUAUCCAUCAAGUGCUGUUCGAUUACGUGAUGUGAAGCGUAUCAUAGAAGUAGGAUGCGUCAAAUACCAAUUACGUGCUGUUAUACACAACAAAAAUGACCAUUUUACCGCUACGUUGAUUAAUAGUGACAACACUUUGUAUGUUUAUGAUGAUCUAAGAGGUGUUAGAGAAGUUCGAACCUCAACGGAUGAAAUUGAAAUGGGCAUUUAUACUCAAAUUCAUGAGUUUUGA